AUGCGGUGGCGAGCGCUGCUCCUGGCCGCCGUCCCUACACUCUGGUCUAUAGCGGCCACAGCCCUACCCAGCACAUAUACAGACACCAAUAAAGACCUAAAUAUCCGUCAAACCUCACCCUCGCUCGAAACAAGAUCCCAAAAAUGGACCGACCCAACCCUCACCGACCCCCUAUGGCUAAAAUACGGCCUAAACGCCUCUGCCGAAUAUAAAUACUUCCACGAACCAGGGCGCGACGACAUCCUCGGCCACUACGACACGCGCUUCUUCACAAGCCCCGUAGACGACACUGCCCGCGCCGAAACACUCACCCACAUGAUUCGCGCAUACCUAAAUUUCUUCAAUGAAAACGAGCUCGAAACCUGGAUCGCCCACGGCACCCUCCUAGGCUGGUGGUGGAAUGGCCAAAUCCUCCCUUGGGACUGGGACAUGGACACUCAAGUCCCGGAUACAACACUUGCAUACCUAGCGGAUCAUUACAAUAACACCAUCGUUGAAUAUACGGCCCCCGACUCACGAAAGAAGAGGCAGUAUCUUCUUGACGUGAAUCCGUGGGCGAGGCAGAGAGAUCAUGGACAGGGUCAUAAUAUUAUCGAUGCGAGAUGGAUUGAUAUCGAUACGGGCUUAUAUAUCGAUAUCACGGGUCUGAGUCGGUUGGAACCCGAAAAAGAGCCGGAGAUUUGGGGAUGUAAGAACUUCCACAAGUAUCAACUUGGAGAUAUUUAUCCGUUGAGGAGGACUUCUUUUGAGGGUGUGCAGGCUAAGGUGCCUUUUGGGUAUGAUAAGGUUCUGUUGAAGGAGUAUACGGAGAAGGCGUUGAUUAACACUAAAUUUCAUAAUCACACUUGGUUCCCUGAGUUGGCGGAAUGGAUCUCCGAUGAAGUUUUGGCCAAAAUGAGUGUCAAAAUUUCUAUCGAUACGGACGAGAGGCAGUAUGAGUAA